AUUUCUCUUUUCCUCCAUACGUUCAUUGGUAUGCUCGGUGUAUGAAAGUGAAAGUCUGAAAGCAGACUUUCUUAUUUGAGUGACCUCAAAUGCAAUCGAAACUUGUUAUUUUUACUUGAAGUGAGAAUAGUUUAGUCUCAACUAUGGCAUCCGCAGGUACAAGUAGGCUAUGCUUCCGUGCGUGUCAGUUCCGAAAAUGCCCUGUUGGAAAAAGAAAGUAUUCCAUUUACUCUGAAAUUCCAGUUAUACCAUCUAUAUUUUCAAGAAACUACGAAAAAUGUUGUCCCUCAUCAAGCAUACCAGCAAUGUGCACUUUUUCAAAGAACUGCAGUACAAGUAAAAUAUAUCAAACUGGUCCCAUGUCAAAAUACGAAGUACAGCCUUAUACCUUGUUAGAAAAUGAUUUGAAAGAUGUAUAUACUUACAUAAGGAAGUCUCUACAACAGAAUACUCACAUAGAUGAUCUCUAUGAAAUUUCAACUUAUUAUUUUGAUGGAAAAGGUAAAGCAAUUAGACCUAUGGUUGCCUUGUUGAUGGCUAAAGCUAUGAAUUAUCACAUCCACAAAGAAGAUGUACCCCUUCUUACAUCCCAAACAGAGGUUGGUAUGAUAACAGAGAUGAUCCAUACAGCAUCUUUGAUACAUGAUGAUGUAAUUGAUCAGUCAGAUUCUCGAAGAGGAAAACCUAGUGUAAACGUCAUGUGGAAUCAGAAGAAAGUUACAAUGGCCGGGGAUUAUAUAUUAGCAGUAGCUUCUAUGUUAAUAGCACGAUUGAGAAACAAUGAUGUUACUUUAGUGCUAAGUCAAGUAGUUAAUGAUCUAGUCCAGGGUGAAUUCAUGCAACUUGGAUCGAAGGAAACGGAAAAUGAGAGAUUCGACCACUACCUAACUAAAACAUAUAAGAAAACAGCAUCCCUCAUAGCUAAUUCUAUAAAAGCUGUUACCAUAUUAUCUGGAGCUAAUGAAGAACUUUGCAAUUUAUCAUUCUCUUAUGGAAAAAAUUUAGGUUUAGGAUUUCAACUUGUUGAUGAUUUACUAGAUUUUGUUGCAUCCUCUGCUGCAAUGGGAAAACCAACUGCAGCCGAUUUGAAACUAGGAUUGGCAACAGCACCAGUAUUAUUUGCCUGUGAAAAAUAUCCCGAGUUGAAUGUUAUGAUAAUGAGACGUUUCCAAGAACCAGGUGAUGUAGAGAAAGCUUUUGAGUUGGUUCAUAAAUCAGAUGGAUUAGAACAAACAAAAUACCUCGCUGAGAAAAACUGUCAAGAGGCUGCCAGGUUAGCAGAAUCUUUAAUGGAGAGUCCUUAUCAAAAAGGAUUAAUUGUCACAGCCGAUUAUGUUUUGAAUCGGUUAAAAUAGAUUUUUUGUCUGUCUUAUUAUUCUAGAUUGUAGGUGAAGUACUAAAAAAAUUGUAAAAUAUUGAGCUAUACCUGCUGUCUUUAUUGUUAUUUAAUAAUAUUUGUACUGUUGUAAAAAACAAAUUGUAGGUAAUCUAAAAAAUACUAUAUUUUUUGAAUUUAUUGAAAUUACAUAUAUAAUAUACAUUUCCAAAGAAAUUGUCUGUUAAAUUAAAAUUGUGUAAUAUGAAUAAAUGAAUUGAUUCAUGCA